AGCGCAUUAAAGCAUAACCAAUAGGUGGCGCUUUUAAAAUUACAGUAUAAAAAAAAGUAAAUAGGCCUAGUAUUAUAAACAGUAAACAGUACUCUCAACAAGAGCCAAGCACACAGUUACGUGAUGGCUGCUGGAGCUGUCUGUGUGCCCUCAAUCAUUCCCCUGCGUGCUCCGAUUCCUGGAAAAAGUAAAUUGAGCAUUGACACCAACACUUUGAUUGAAAUGGGAACUGACACAAAAGAUUCUGUGAUAUACUACACGCUGGAUGGAACCAAACCGAACCCAUUUCAACAGCUUGGAGAAAAAACAACAAUGAAAUACAAAGAACCAUUCAUGCUACCAGAGGGGAGAAUAAUGGUAAAGUCAAUGGCAGUAACAAGGGACAAGACAAGAGAGAGUAGUAUUGUGUGUAAAGUGUUUGAUGUAGAAUGGGUGCCCGGAACAUCAACAGACAGUGAUGGCGAUACGGCCAGAAGCACAUCCCGGGGAGUAUCACCAGGAUUAAAAUCAACAGCCACCAGCAAAAGUAAUGGUACAAAGGGAUCAAAUUACAGAAAACCAACGAAAGGCACAAGGUUUAUGGAGGACAGAUUGGGGAGUAAAACCCCAAGCAUGACAGGUAGAUCACCAAUGCCUGGUAGUCGGACUCCAACAGCCACUCAACCAAUGACAUCACCAAGUUUGAAUGCCAAUCAACCGAUCAACCCGCCUCAAAAUAUAACACAGACUAAUAGGCUUCAAAGAAAAACAGACUUUAUGAAGUGUGUGUUUUGCAAUGCUGACCGACCUGCUGAUCCGUACGCAAGAUUCUGUAUAGCUUGUGGCUCACCUGUUCCCCCACUACCAAAUACAAGGCUACCUCCUCCUGAACCUGGUGAUACUGGAAUUUGUGUUUACUGUAAUGCAAUGGUCCCCCUAAAUACCAACCAAUGUCUUGUUUGUGAGAUGCCCAUUACCCCCCAGCUUAUUCCUCAAGCAAGUGUCAAAUUAAAAGACAAGUUAUUGUGCACUGGAUGUGGGACUGCCAAUCCAGCCAACCUACAGUACUGUGUGACCUGUGAACUCACUUUACAAGGCAAUUCCAAGCCAGUCUACAGUGGUCUAUCAGCGCCCCCAAAACCAUCUAAAGGAGGACGACUCCUGUGUUGUAAUAAAUGUGGCCGAGUGAACAAUUCAGAUGCGAGGUAUUGUGAUUGGUGUGGUGCAAAGCCAUCUCCAUCGCUCACAUAUUUAAGAUGCUCUAAAUGUAGCGCAAGUAAUCAACCAUACGCCACAUUUUGUCAUUCUUGCGGGUGUUUCACUUCACCCCCGGUACGUCAUGAUAUCAGGAAUAACGGUAUUACAGUUGGUGGAAGAUCUACAUCUCAGGUCUUGGAUGCAAAAGGAUCUUCUGCUUGGGUACCGAUGUCGAUGCCAAAAGACCCAACUCCAACUGAUUCCGUAGGAACACAAACUGUUGGCCUCUUUUACCCUUCAAAUAAACACCUUAAGAAUACCAACCAAAAUGAAAGUAUGGCAGUCACAGAGAAAAAGCCUCCACUAACUGCUGUUAGCCCUGGAAAAGGAUACUGGAGACAGCAAAUUGACCAUAUUUGCGGACAUUUAAAAACACAUGCUCAGAACAAUACUGAGUUUCGAGGAAUGAUCAGUGAACCAAAGAUCGGAAAGUUGAUUUCGGCAACAGUUCACGAGGAUGGAUAUGAGCUUAGUGUCAAUGUCUGUUAUGCUUUAAGAGGAAACAGAGAUGCUUUGACCGGUAAACCCCUGGACGUUAGCAAAGGAGGUUUCUUAAGCCAACUGACCGAAGGAAGACGACAUAGCUUUAGUGGCAGUACAGGCAGUUUUGAAGAAGAGAAGAAAACUGCCAAGUCAACAACAAAAAAGAAAGUCAAGAAAAAUGAUAAACUAACAGCCCAAGAUAAAGAACUGUUGAAGGAAGUUGGUCCCAAAGGAGAAGGCAGAGAUGAUGAGGUACAGCGGAUUCUUGAUGAGGGAGCAGACAGCAACUGCGAAAACAGUGACGGCAUACCUGUCCUCUCCGUGGCAACCAUCAACAACAGGGUUGAGUGUCUACCAAUCCUCCUUUCUGCUGGUGCUGAUAUCAACAAGAAAGCUGGACCACGAGGAAAUGCAGCUCUCCAUGACGCUGUGUUGCUUGGCCCAGAAGGGGAAGAAGUGGUCAAAACCCUGCUGAGUGCGGGAGCUAGUACAAAAGUUAAGAACAAUAAAGAUGAGACUGCGUAUGAAUUGGCAUCGAGGCAAGGAUACGAGAACAUCAUCACAUGUUUCGCUUCGACCGCUGGCCAGGAUAUGCUCACAAAAUUGAUGAAACAAAACACAAAGAAACCGGCACCUGAAGUUUUCUAGUAAAUUACAGCAUGAUUCACAAUCAAAAUAAAUAGAUCAAUAAAUUAAUCAAUAAAAAAAUCAAUUAGUAAAUUAAUACAUUAGAUAUUUAUUCCAUACAAUAAUUAAUUAAAAAAUCAAUGCAAUAAAUAGUUCAGAAAUUAGUACAAUCAUCAAUCCAUUAUCAAUAAAUACAUUGGCCGAUCAAUAAAUCAAUACAUUAAUCAAUUCAUCAACAAAUCCAUGAAUUAAACAUCAGCCAAUAAAUCAUUCAAACAAAUAAUACAUUAAAUAAUCAAUACCUCAAUACAUCAAUGAAUUAACAUAUAAAUCAAUAACUAAGCAAUGAAUUAAUUACUCUGUCAAAUAAAUAAUUAUAUUUAUCAAUUAAUAAAUCAGGUAAUAUAUGUUAUUGUCACAGAUCCAUAAUUAAUUCCGUCCAUAUUUUUUAUAUGUGUAGUUUAAACGGUUUGGCUUAGUGGGAAAGCUUUGUUCGAGGUCUGGGUUUGAAUCUUUCGCUGUGCAUUUCGCUUGUGCCCAUGAGCAAGGCACUUAAAUCUAGAUUGCUUCAGUCUACCCAGUCUGUAUCAUUGGGUACCAGUGAAUUGGUGGGAGUAACCUGCGGUGGGCUAGCGUCACACCAGGGUGGGGAGAGUAUUACACUCUCAUCCACUUCACGCUAGAGUAACUGGGAAUAGGCUCCAGUUCUAUGAGACUAAGUGGCUCGGCAAGGAUUUACUUUACUAUAUGUGG